GCAGUGGUGGACUUCCCAGGGUCUUUACCAAGUCAGUCUUGCUCUUGUCGGCAAUGGAUAAAGGUUGAGUGCAGGACGCCGGGGAUCCACAUUCGUAGGACGAUCUCAGACUGCUCUCAGGCUCUUUUGGCGUGUGGACGUGUCCUCUAAGAUAUGUGCAGCAUGAGGACGAUUCUGGUGGCGGCUGCUAUCCUUGUGCCAGCGAUGGCCAUCCAGCCCGUUCCCCUGCUCAUCCGGCCCGCUGUCCUCGUUAGCGUGGCAGCAUCUCAGGUUGCAGGUCAACAGGCUGGCGUCUCUUUUGGCCAGCCAUUGCCCCGGCAACAUUUCAUGAGUCAGAGGGACCACUUAAUGCGACGGGACAAUGGUCAAGUUGGUUCCCCUCUCCUGCGACAAUCAGUGCCUCAGCAGCCUUCACAGACACGGGCCCCUCAGCCUCAAGCAGCAUCUCAGCAGCAGUUCAGCAGUCAGCCAGUGCAGCCGGCACCACAAAGGUUCAACAACCAACUAGCUGGUUCGCCACAAGUACUGCCGUCUCAGCAAUUCAGUAACCAGCAAGCAAGUUUCCCUCAGACGCAGCCAUCACGACAAUUCAACAAUCAACAAACAGGUUCUCUGCAAAACCAACCAGGUCAACAAGUCAGUAGUCUGUCAGGACAACCAGCACCUCAAAAGGUCAACCAACUGGCUGGUUCCCCACAAACACAGCCAUCUCAGCAAAUCAGCAGUCAGGCAGGUUCCCUGCUGAGACAACCUGCUCAGCAACUCAACAAUCAACAACCAAGCUUAUCACAAGCACAACCAUCGCGACAGCAACAUAACAACCAACGGGCGGGUAGUCCACAGAGACAACCAGUUCCUCAACAGCAUUUCAGUAAUCAGCAGGCCGGUACACAGCUUCCACAGUCUGCAGGCCAUCUUCAGAUUAACAAUGUAACGGCACAGCAAUUCGCGACCGGGCCUGCAAGACGCCAUCCCUUGUGCGGGGUGAUUCCUGACCCAGGGGAAUGUCGAGCAGCCUUCCCGAGGUACUACUUCAACACGAAAACGAACCAGUGCGACUGCUUCCUCUACGGUGGCUGUGGGGACGAGGGCCUCGAAUCGAGCUACAUGACGCUGCACGAGUGCCAGGCAAUAUGCUUUCCAGCCAACACGUUUGAAGGACCCAACUGCAAGAAGGUGUUUCAAGACGACGAAAUCACUUUCGAGCCUGCUGCUUCUUUGCCGUCCUUGCCCGUCCCGUCCAUCACGUCUGGGACGCAGGCUCAGGGGAGUCAGCCAGCGCUUCCUGUAAGACCCGACAGUGUAAACAGUACAUCACGAAACAGUAAUGUAACACAACAGACAGCAGCAGAAUCCAUCGGUGUGGCAUCGAACCAACACACCUCUGAAAGGGUACCAACAAAACGUCAUCCACUUUGUGGGAAAAUGCCCUCCCCAGGAACAUGCCGAGGGGCCUUCCCGAGGUAUUAUUACAACGAAACCAUGGACCAGUGUGAUUGUUUCCUCUAUGGCGGAUGCGGAGACGAGGGUUUAGAGUCGAGUUACGCAUCCUUAGCGGAAUGCCAGCGAGUGUGUGUUCCAGUGGAAACGCUUGAAGGCCCCGCCUGUAAGGAGAUCUUCCAAGACGACCAGGAAGUUUUCGAGCCUCUUGCUUCGGGAUCUCGACCCAAUCCUGGCCAGACUUCAGUCGUCGAUGCGAGCAACAUUGGCGAUGAGGAUUUGCUAGGACUGUUCAUUCGCUAAUAUUGAUUGAUUAUGAGCAGAUUUAAGAUUUGUCGAAGUUCCCGCGACGGAAUUCAAGUAAUUCAGGUUAUAAUGGUGUUUCGAGGCUUCGGCCUUGGAUACGAACACUUCCCUUAACUGUACCUGCACAAUGCACACCAAUGAAGUGAGAAGGUGUUAUAGUGCAUGUUCUAAAGAAAUAUUAGACGCUUCAUUGCAAAUACUUAAUUAUUGCACGGGUAAGGUAUUCUUAUUGUCAUGACAAAUCGAUGGUCUUUUAUUUAUGAAUGUUAAAUUAUUGCACCGGUAAGGCAUUCCUAUAUUUAUAAUUAAUCGAGGUUACUCUUCUGUUUACUGUGAUGGCAAACACUAUGGCUAUAAAUUUUACAAUGGAUUUUCUCACACAGCAUUCAUGUAAUGUCAAAAGAAAAAAAAAGUUCUUAUUAACCAUAUUCCAAUACAAUUGAUUCAAUCCAUAAAAAAGAGAUGUAUCUACA